CAAACAGGAGGCAAGUGCCCUAUUUCCGUUUCCGCGCAGCAUGUUCAAAUUUUGCCCAACAGUCGUCACGGCCUUGUCUCCCGUCCCUUCCUCGCAAAAAAAAAAAAAAAAACCUUCGCCGCCGCCGUCUCCUCUUUCCUCACCUCGCCGGUUAACCGCCCGUCGUCCCCAUCCUCCCCCCGAUCUCCGCCGCCGCAGACGAUCACUUUCCCCCCUUGCCGGCUCCUCCGCUCCGCUCCGAGGCGGCAACCAACAAAUUCUAGUGUUUCCGCUCCCCAAUCCGGCCGCUCAUGCCCCCCGCCGAAGAGUUGGAGGCCCUCCGGCGCUGGGCCACCGCCGCCUUCGCGGAUCUGUCCUCCUCGGCGGCCUCCCGGCCUCGCGCCGACCUCCCGGUUCUCCUCCGCCGAUGCCUCCUGUUGCUGCACCUCCUCGACGCCGGCAACCCAAGCCUGGCCGCUCGAUGCUGCCGCCGCCUCCUUGCCUCCCUCCGCGGCGUCCUCGCUCGCAACCCAUCUGCCUCCUGCCUCCCCGCUCUCGAGGUGUUCUCUGAGAGUCUCGUUUUCAGUGACCGACUGAGGAGCUUCUUCGCCACGAUCGACUUUGCUGCACAGGAAGGAUCAAGAGCCUUCACUGUGGCCCCGCCGAGCCAGGGUGAGCUCCACAUCCUGCUGGAGCUCGUGUGCUGCCAUUUCAUUUCGUCGUUGCAAGAUGAGUCUGGAUUUGAGGCGUUUUUUAGUGCACUUUCCUGGUCGGGGAAGGGGUCGCAGGGGGCUCCAAAGAUUGGCUUUCUGGGGGCUCUUGCUCUGGUCCACCGGACCUGCUUGUUCUCUUUGCCGCCUGUUGUCCAAGCACAUCUUUUACUGCUCGCAUCGAGAUGCAUCAGUGGUAGGGAUCUGGACUCGCAUUCGCUCGCAUUUGAGCAUGCCAUGAAUCUUUAUGUGAAAUACUUGCCAGCAUUGGGCGUUUUCAUCAGAACUGGUGGCGUGGAAACCCCACUGAGUUGUUUGGCCAAGAAAAGACCUUUUAAGUGUUGUAUCAAAGAUGCCACUGAUCAGAAACUCAUAAGUCAGAUCAAUGGGCUGCUUUCGUUUUGCCAGUUGCACUGUGGUGAUGACCUGCCCAUCAAUGAGAGUGACAUCUUUGCUAGUUCAGAUCGCCUCAUAGAAGAUAAUCAGCAUAUGCUCCAUGAAAAUUUCAGGCAAGAAACUACUUUAGUUGUGAAAAGCAUAUUGUCAAAUAUCCUGCGCUCUGCAAAGCAAAGGGAGAUGCAUGAAUCUGACGCUGAAGUAUCACAAGAGAUUAUUUGCCUUGCUGCAGUACUUAGGCUAAUGGGUUCCUCGCUUCAACAAAUCCUGCACCAAUUUAGCCGAAUGAGGUCUGCCACUGACAAGGAAAAUGGAAAUUAUGCAGCACUUCACAAGGAGUACAAUGUCAUAUUUGAAAUUAUCCAUCUCCUUGGGCAGCAUGAAGCAAAUGAGCUUCAUAGAUAUGACUUACUUGGUAUUAUUGGGAAGUCUGUGGACAGGGAAAGGGCUUCAAUUCUAUUGUUGGCUCAUUUUGCUAGCCUAUCGAUUUGUUGUGUCAGAAGAAGACUUGGCUUUCUGUUGAAAGGUUGCAUUAUAAUGAUUAUUAUGGCUAUCAAUGUUGUGAUUGCUGAAGAGGAAAGCCUGUGUAUAUUUCAGCCCCUUAUUGAUACUUCAAAAAAAUCUGCAGUUUUUCCCAAUACCAAAAAUGGUAACUUAAAGGUUUAUGUUCGAAGAAAAUCUUCUAAAGCAAUAGCAUUACAGUUUAAAAACAUACAUAAAAUUCGUAGUCCAAAUAAAGGUGGGAACGUUUCUGGCGAUGGAAGCAGUUUGGGCACCCCUCAGAAGUGUAAUUCCAGAGUUGGAAAAGCUGAUGGUCGAGCCUUCUUCAAGUGUCUUCCCGGAUAUAGACCAAACUCUUCAGAGUGGAAAGCUAUAGUGGAUUUUGUUGAGUGUAAACAAGGUAAGGAUUAUUUAAAUUCAUUGAAGCAGCACAAAAAAUUUAAGAUAUUUAAGGAUAAGAAACGGUUCAGCAAGAGACUGUCUAUGAUGGAAUCUGCAAUGGAAUUUUUGGGAAUGGAGAUGUAACGGAGUUAGUUGUGAUGAAACUGGUUUUUAACUUAACAGAAGUGAACCGUACUCCAUCGCAAAUAAGGCUGACUUCCAAUGUUGCACAACAGCAGAAGUAAACAUUUGUCAAUCCCCAGGACCUUUGAUCAUUAGAUUGCUUUGCUGAGCGUUUUGAAUUGUUCCAGGAAGUAUGUCUGAAUGUCUAAUGUUAAUUUAGUCAUUAACUUUUGUACAUAUGGAUUCAUUUUUUACUAUCUAUCACCAUGGUUUUCC